UGUACAUGUACAUGUACAGUACAUGUACUUACGUACUGUACAUGAAUAUUACAUAAAACGCCUACACCACAACUUCCAAUAAUCCUGUCUCUUCCUUGCCGAUGAGGGAGCACUUCAACUCGUGGCUGGUUAAUGCGUACGUACGUGUAGGCGCGGCCCAAUCUACCGCUCGUACGUCCUGGAACCUGUGGAAGUCCUAGGUACUACUACUAGUAACAGUUUUGGUCUUUUUCUCUGCGUUUGUUCCAUCUGCAUCACAGCAAGCCAUAAUUCCUCGAUGAAGGUGCUUAGCACCUUCGCUCCGAAACUUUAGCUAGGAACAAUUCGUCCGCUUAAUUCAGCAAACAAUGCCUCCACUGAUCUUCCGGCAUCAUCAACUUAUUGUGGCUGGCAGUAAGUUUCUAGGUUGUGACUGGGGCUGCAUUUUACAUGGAAGAGCCAAAACCAAUAUUCAUGAGUUCAUCCGAAAAAAUACAGAGGUGAAAACUUGGAUAGUGUUGGCAUCCAGCACCAGAUUAAUUCAGGGCAGACUGUGUAGAGCUCAUGGCUUGCUCCACCAAAGGAGGAACCGAACUCUUUCAGUAACAGUUCCGCAGGCUCAAAACAGCAGGUGCCCCUCAACUUCAGUCACCCAUGCAAGGUCUUUGCUUGGUGUCACAGCAAACCCUGGAUGGGGAUACCUGGAAAGGACGCUUGUUUGGAGAGCUGUUAGAAUGAGUCACACCAAAGGCUGUAAUAGUGAUGCACCUGUUGUCUUUGUGACCAAGACUCCAGCAGGUGGCAAGAAAAGUCACAAGAAGCAAGCCGCUGAGCCAAAGUCCCCGGUGAUUGCAAGGCCUCGGACCAAAAAGCCAACAAGGUUGGGAGUUCAAGAUAGAAAGGAUUUCCAGGGCUCCUGGCUGUGCACUGCCUUCUCAACUGCUGAGGAAUAUCACUUAGAGCAUCUCGGUCUGGACCUACAGUCCCAGGGAUCCUUCCUGCCGAGAGCAAUGCCUCAAGAUGCGCAGGAUGUUCUGUUGAUGGAGGUUAUUUCCUCGGAUGUAGAAAGCAAGACUGAACCAUCAGAAAUUUUUUUCUUCCGUGAAGGGUCUGUUGUCUUCUGGAAUGUGGCUGAUGCAACACUGAAGAAGGUGCUACGGAUUGUCAGCAAGCAUGAGUUUCAGCCCUAUGAGGUUGCCAUGGUUGCGUGGGAGAAUGAGCACAUCAACUAUUCCUAUGGCAGUCAGGAUACCAAACUGACUGAUGAUACUAUUAUUCUGGAUGAGCGUGCUGAUACAGAAACAACGAUGCUUGAAAAAUUUGCCUUUUCAAAUGCGAUGGCACUAUCAGUUAAGCUUGGUGUUUGGGAAUCUUCUGUUGAUAAGUUCACAUCAUCUCUUGAAAGCAUUCCUGAGAGUCUGAAACAGGGCCAUCGCUUGAAGAUGUCACGUGUUGAGGUGAUGCGCAAGACGGGGGAGCUGUUCUCCCUGAGACAUCAGAUCAACCUCAGCUCUGAUCUGCUCAUCUCGCCUGACUUCUACUGGGACCGAGACAAUCUGGAUGAACUGUACAAUAAGACGUGCCAUUUCUACAGCAUCGGAAGAAGGACAAGGGUCAUCAAUGAAAAGCUGAACCAUUGUUCAGAGCUUGUGGAACUCAUGAGAACCCACCUGAGUGAGCGUCACUCACUGAAGCUGGAGUGGAUGAUCAUUCUUCUUAUAGGAGUUGAGGUCAUGUUUGAAGUAAUUCACUACAUCCAGAGAUAUUAUGGGGACAGUGAUCAACACAAUGCUGUAUCAUCAACACCUGUUCAGAGUCAAGUUGCAUCUGUGGGCGGAAGGUGACAUUCUCAACUCACCAUCUUUCAAAUCCAACUGGGAAGGUCUCUGGGAUUUUGAUACAUUGAGGGAGGUAGAGCCCCUCCACCAUUACUUUACAAGGGUUUGGUGCUUCUCAAUAGGUCUAGACCGAGCCAUGGGCUAGCUGCACAGUGAAAAAUGUGGAGGAUUUGGGACAUUUCUUAAGAAAGGAUGCUUUAGGGAGUGUCGGUUGAGUAUUAAUAAAUCAUAACUCAAGUAGCCAGAAAUAUUAUGGGCGUGCAGAAAAGAAAUCAAGCAUUCAAAAUGCAAAUUACAUGUACCUUAAUUUUCAUCAGUGCAUUAAUGAACAAUUGCACAUGUGAUUGAUGUCUAUUUUUUCAUCAGACUGUUACAAAUGAUGCAAAAAAGAGACUGUAUGAGAAUACAACAUGAACUUUAUUAACCACAAAUAUGCAAACGGCAAAAUAAUAUAUAGUACAUUGUAUUACUUAAUUUACACCAGUUCCCUAUAGUGUGCUGCUAAGUUAAUGAAGACUAAAGCAGAAGCAUAUUCACCUUCGUUGUGAUGGAUACAGAUGGGUACUGCAGUGCUCACUACAUGAGGAAGAAGCCUCCAGUUUGAAACAAAGACACACAUUCCUGCAUUGCAGUUGAUACGCUUAAGUACUGGGAAAACAUGACUUUGUAAUGAAAUUUACUACAGAAGCACCAGUCAUACCAAACAAAAUCCUUGAUGUUGACAAAUGUUUUGUUGGUAAAUUAUGAAAUAUUAACUCUUUUUGAAGAACAGUGAGAUCCAACAUUCUGUCAAUGUUGACAUCAACUGUAAAAUUGAGUUACUGGUGACAAUGGUUGCCUUUCUAAGAGUGUGGGAUAAAUGCACAUACAGAUCCUAGUCAAAAGCACUGUUAGAAUACUGGGUUUAUUCUGUCAAUUUCAUAUGCAAUAAAAUACCGUAUCCUCCUACUCCAUGCCAAAGCUCAAUUAAAAUUUUUGCUAAUUCUGUCAUUUACACCAUACAUGGAAUUUACUUUUAAAUUAAAGUCAUCCAACCCCAGAAACUCAAAUGUGCAAGGAAGAGAAAAGUCGUCUUACAAGAUGGGAAGCUUUUUACAGCUGGACGGAUAUUAAUAGGGAUGGAUAAAGAUGUCACUUCCCCUCAUGGUGCUUUGUAUUUCAUGUUCAACUAUUCUGAAUAAAAACCUGUUUACAUGUACAUGUACUUGGAUGGACCAUAUGGGGAAUGACAAUUAAAUUACUGGUACAUACA